AUGGCUUUCAAAUCAGUUCACUCCGGUAUUGCAGCCUCCGUUUAUCUUUGUCUAUAUGUUAUCUACUUAUGUUUUAGUAUCAACAUAGUAAGAAGAGAAGGCUUGAAGACCAUCUAUACUUCGCUUGUGGUCUAUGGUGUCUUCAGAGUAAGCGGACAAAUGUGCGGUGUUGUAUUUGCAGCUCUCGGGUUCAAUCAUUGGCAUUGGUUAAUUGCUUACCUCGUGCUCAAUGCAGAAGGUUACUUUGUUCUUAUUAUCACAUCAUACCAUCUCAUUGCCAAUGCCCAGUACCAAGUUGUUGGCUACUCCUGGAUCAGACCCAACAAGGAAGACAUAAAAAUCAAACAGCAAGCUGCUACAUCGUUUCUAGGAAAAAUAAGAGCCAAAUAUUCGCUUGCUAGGGUCUUCCACUUAAUUUUGAUUCCUGCUAACGCCCUAGUCAUCAGCGGUGGUAUCAUGUUAGCUGGUGCCGAUGAUUUAGCAUCUGAGAAUAGCAGUGUUCAAUUAUCUAGAAGAUUAAGAGUGAGUGGCCAAUCCAUUUUCCUCUUCCAAACUAUUGUUGCUGUUAGUCUUGGAUUCUGGUGCUUCUUUGGCGAAAAUAUUAGACACAUCAAUAUCUAUGGUAUAUUCAUUGCCUCCCCAUUCAUUUUGACCAGAGGUACAUUUGGAGUAAUGUCUAUCUACCUAGACAAGAUGGACUACUUUGAAAUGAGCAAUUACAAUGAAAAUGGCAUUUCUUCUACAUUCAUUGCUUUUGAAUACACUUUGGCCACAACCAUGGAAUUUAUCACAGCCGUUGUGUACAUCUCGAUCUACUACAUCCUGAAGAAGAGACAAAACAGGCGAGCAGAACAAGACGAAGAGGAAUGGCAUGUAGAAGAAAAAGGAAAGAUGGAUUCGAAUUACAGUUAA